GACCAGGCUAACCCAAGCAAGUGGGGCACGUGAUAACGCACACGAGGCGAGCGACAGAAACCCACACCAGUAGUGUUGUUGUGUCGACGAACAAUAAGCAAUCCGAUCACGUUAGCGGAAUCAUAAUCAGCAGCGUACAAACCAAUAUGUUGUCCAGUACUUUAUAAUUAUAUCUUUUUAGAUCUACAGUGACUCUUUCUACUUUUAUAUUCAAUCCCAACCACUAUCCAACACUCUCUUCCCAAUUGAUCGAAUCGUCAAACAACCUUUAUUUGUGACAAAUUUCACAAUUCUCAUUAUGAAAGAAAGAAAAUCGGCGAAGUCCAAUAUUCAACAGCAACAGCAUCAGAGCGAUCACCAGUCUCCGUUCAAGUUCGCGAAAUUGCUCGAUCCAGAGGCUUCUUGGGACAAGGAUCAACUGGGAGAUGUCUUGCAUUGGAUUCGACAAGUGUUGGCCCUAGUAUGUGGAUUGCUAUGUGGUGCCAUUCCUUUGGUUGGGGGCAUCUGGAUUGUAGCGUUUCUGAUGAUAUCAUCUGGGAUAAUAUAUGGUUAUUACGCAGUGAUACUAAAGAUUGAUGAAGAAGAGUUUGGUGGUCAUGGAGCUCUCCUCCAAGAAGGCCUUUUUGCUUCUAUAACACUGUUUCUGCUUGCAUGGAUUCUAAUAUACAGCUUGGCACACUUCUGAUUGGCUACCAUCUCUAUAGAUGAUCUUGUGAGGCUUCACUCUAGUGCCCCAAGAACAAUGAGAGAAUUUCCUAUUUUUCAAUUUUGUUUUUAUUUAUUAUUAUUGUCCUUUUCAUGAUUAUGGAAUACUCAAUUCUGUAGGUCACUGGCAUUUUAGCUUUCAGAUUAUGGUAAAUAGUUUUGAUGACAUUUACUCCAUUAAAAACAUGUGCAAUGUAACAUCAUUUAUUCAGCACACCAAAUACUGUCUUUUUCUUUUCUUUUUGUUUUUUGUUUUUGACAAUAAGCAGUGAAAUUGGCAGUCGGCAAAAUUCUGCAAAUUCACAAAUAUGUUAUUCA